CUUUGUCUUUCUCUUUCUCUUUUCUGCAUCAAUCCAUUCUAUUUCUUUUCGCUUUCCCUCAUAUCUCACAGUCAGACCGGCAAACUCAACCACACUCUUUUGUACUAAAUACCGCACCCGUUCAAGAACGACCUUCGACCACCAUCCCCAGCACACCCCCCCCCGGUCACUUGACAACCACCAGAACGACAGCAACCACCACAACAAUCCACCAUGCGUCUCUCGACCGCCCUCCCCCUCGUCCUCCUCCCCGCUCUUACCCUCGCCCACAAUGACCCCCUCCGCCCAGCACACCACAGAAGACAGCUCGCACGACACGGGCAUGUAGCUUAUGGCAAGCGAGUCCCGGCCUUUGAUGACAUUUUUGGUGGUGGCAGCACUUCUAGCAGCGACGCGGCCACAUCGACAGCGUCCGACGAUGGAAAGUCAACAUCAGGGGCCGCCGCCGCGAUUUCAGCCGUAGCGUCAACCUCGGAGGCAGCCACGACGACCAACAAGGCCGAGGCGUCGACGUCGACAGCUGAUACUUCCUCGACAGCUUCCGGAACAUCUCAAGCUGCGACGAGCACGGUCAAUCCAAGCAGUGCAGGAAAGUCUUCCGCUGCUACCUCUGCAACCGGCAGCUCUAGCGCCUCUGCUUCGGCAUCUGCAUCAGCCUCGAGGUCGGGUUCAACUUCGGGCGCUGGUUCUACCCCUGCUUCGAGCCCCUCCACUUCUUCUUCCCAGUCCACUUCGUCCAGUCCCUCAAAGGUCACCGAGAACACCUCGGGAUCUUCUUCUCCCACCACCUCCGCCGCCCGAUCCGUCCAAUACACCACCGACUCUUCCGGUCAGACCCAGAUGAUUACGGUCGUCCUGACCGAAUCUGCCGCCGACGACGACGACUCCUCUACUGCGAAUGCUGCUGCUACUGCCUCGUCUACCGCGGCGACGAAAAAGGAUGACGGCUCGCUGUCUACUGGUGCGAUCAUUGGUAUCUGUGUCGGUGUCGGUGUUGCCGUGUUGGCCUUGAUUGGACUUGCACUUUGCAGAAUGAGGAGGCGAAGCUCGGACGAGGACGAGGCUAUUCGAUGGCCUGAAUUGAACCGUCACGGCGACUCUGAUGUCCACCACGCCCUUCCUGCCCGCGAGACUGGUCAACACGGCUUUGAAACCAGCGGCAUGUCUCGCCCCCUCUCUUCCGGUUCUUCCAUUCACUACGCAGACUACCCCGCCGAGUACGGCUCCGCUGGCGGAGACUAUCUCGGAACACCCAUGCCCCAUACCCCUGUCCCCAUGGCUCUCGGCGGCUCCAACUUUGGCGCGGGCUCGACUUUGGAAGACGAGUACGAUGAAAAGUACUCUCCUGCUCAUCUUGACCACUCGGCCACCCACCUUGCCGGCGGUCCCCCUAGCCCCAACCCCGACAGUCUCAACGAACACGACAACUACUCAUCCUUGCCCCCUCCUGUCCAGCCGACUCCUGACGGUCUCGGUAUGGGCAAUAUGAUGUACGGCCAGGGGCACCCCAGCCCAAACCCGAGCGAGCACGCGAUGCUGGACAAUGAGGAUGUCUACGGCGGGAUGGGAGCGCAGAGUGUACAGAUGACCCAGAUGGGUGCAAGGGGAGGGGUCACAUACCCACAUGCCGCCCUUACUUCCCCCGUGCCAGAGUAUGGCAUGGAAUACCCUGACUACCCUCGAGGUGGUUAUUAGGUUGGAAUGAACAGGGGGUUUGAAUGUUUCUUGCCGAAACAUGUUUCGAGUUGUUGCUGAGCAACGCUUUCUAUAUCUCUUCUAUGUGUUCACUUCUUGAAGGAGAGCCGUGUAUAUACCGAUUACUCGAGUUGAUGCUGUGAGGAAUAAUAGUCCCCUUCUCAUAUCACUUUUGACAAGCUCGGACCUGAUUCAAGUAGUAAAGUACAAGGUACUCUGAAAUAACGAUACAAGGGAUCUUUACCGUAUAUAUGUAUACCCUGCCUAUGACUUGCAUCAUUUCCGUUUUUGGCUCUUCCUUUCCUUUUUCCCUUAUCCCGUUGAUCAAUCUAUGUGCGCGAAAUGAGUAAUGGUAACAGUCAACAGUUAUACUCUAUUGUACAUCCAG